AUGAGUCCCAGCUCGAUGGGCCCCACGAAAGUAAACAUGAACCACGCGAAGAAUGAGUUGAAGCUGCUAGGACACCAGGAGAAGCACUGGUUCUGCGGUGGCGACCGCAGCGUCGCGAGGGCAGCGCAGCUGCUGCAGCAGGGGAAGGCCGUGCAGCGCUUGUACGAGAUCAAACGGCGGGAUGGGGCGAAGCCCCUGGCCAUCUGCCUGAGCAGCGUCAAAGAAAUAGGCAGUUGGGGCGUUCUGGACGACGUGCCGCCUCGCAUGCUGGAGCAGCUGCUGCCCGGGCCCUACACGAUAUGCCUGCGGCGCACGUCCGCCCUGCCGGGGACCUUCAAUCCCGGCCUCGAGACCGUCGGGAUCCGCGUCCCAGACAACAAGUUCGUACGCAGCGUCGCGCAGAUCGUGGGUCCGCUCGCGCUCACCAGCGCGAAUAUAAGCAGUGAGCCGAGCAGCCUGCACCCGGACGAGUUCUGCGAGCUCUGGGCUGACCUCGACGGCGUCUUCCACAGCCAACCGGACUCCAGGAAGCAGCAGGAUCGCCGUCGAGUCGGCUCCACCGUCGUGGAUCUCUCCAGGCCAGGUUAUUAUACCAUUGUGCGACAUGGGAUAGCGGCUCAUAUCAUCAUCGGCACAUUGAGGAAGUUCGGACUGAAGAAUACGAUGGGGAACGACGCGUGA